CCGGCCCGGCCCCCGGCCUCCGGGGGCCUCCCGACGCCUCUCCCCUGCCCUGGACGCCCCUGCUCCUCGCCCCGGCUCCCGGGGGGUGGGAGACCCUAAAGGAGGACGGACGCACAGAGACGGACAGAGACAGAGAGACACGGUCGGAGCCAGAGAGACAGGCGGAGGCUGGGAGAGACACACACAACAAAGAGAGAUGGGAAGAGAGCCAAGGAGGGACGGGAUGGAGGCCGACCAGGAGAGGAGAGACAGAAAGAAGAGACAUGGGGGAUACAGAGACGAUGAGAGGCAGGGAGAGAUGAGGAGAGAGAAAAAAAAAGAGACAGACAGACAGAGAGACAGAGAGAAAGACAGAGACUGGGAGAGACACACACAGCAAAAGAGAGAUAGGAAGAGAGCCAAGGAUGGAGGCAGACAAGGAGAGGAGAGACAGAAAGAAGGGACAUGGGGAUACAGAGACGAUGAGAGUCAGGGAAGAGAUGGGGAGAGAAAAAGAGACAGAGAAAGAGACAGAGAGACAAAGAGAAAGACAGAAAGACAGAGACAGAGGCAGAGAAAGACACAGAGACAGUGACAGAGACAGAGGGAUUGAAUGAUAGUGUGAGACACUUUCAGAGCAGAAAGGGGCCAAGAGUGGAUGAGCCAGAGUUCUGAUCCAGGCACAGAGAAAAAUCUGUGGGCACUGCAGGAAGUAAAUUCCCCCAAAUGUCGUGUAGACAAGAAGUGAGCAAGCUCAGAUUUUGUUUUAGCUCAGGCUGACUUGGUCCUCUAGAUAGGUGAGACUCGAGUGAAAUUUAAAAUACAAACAAACCGACAACUUAAGGAGGCUUCCAGGGCUGAGAGGUGUGGCAGAUGGAACCCAGGGCUGAGGAGGUUCUCAGAGGAGGCUUCCCAGACCCUGUAUCCCGGAAGACAUCCCAAGCUAUCUACAGAGGCAGCAGCCGUCAAUCAGGGGACGGACAGCUCUGCUAGUUAAGAAGUUUUUUUUUUUUUUUUUUGAGCUGAAACCGGCCUCCCUGUCCCUUCUGCACAUGGUUUCAAGUUCUUCCCUGUGGGGCCAAGCAGAACAAGGCUAAUUCCUCUUCCCCAUGAGACUCCUUCAGAGAUGUGAAGACAAGGAACACCUCUCCUCCUCUUCCCCCUCAGUCCUUAUAACGGUUUUUCUCCCGGUGCUUAGGACAGUGACCUGUGGCAGUCUCGGCUGGAGAGUCGAGUACCGGACAGAUGGUGGGAAGUGGAUUCCCAAGGGGCUGAGUCUGAGCUUUGACCUGUAUUGCCUCAUUAAGUCACUUUAAUGUAUCACUUCCUUGUGUCUUGUUUUUGAUGUGAGAUUCUUUGCUCAGCUUCUUCCAGACGCUGCCAUCCAGGACAGGUAGUCUGUUCCAUUUUAAGGACCAAUUCAGCUCCUUCUUUCUCUGUUCGGUUCUGUGCUCCUAAGACCCAGUUCCUCCCAGGUUCACAAUCCCUUUUGUUCCCAAGUUCCUCUGCCUGCUUGUCUCUUUCUCUGCCCGUCUCUCCCGUCUGUCUCUCUCUCUCUGUGUUUCUGUGUCUCUAUCUCUGUCCUUACAUCUUCUGUUGUGUGUUCUAAAGCCCUCCUUUUGACGUUCUAUAAGCCUGUGAGACUACAGGGGUGUAGAGUAGAUGAUUAAAUCUGAGUAAUUUAGCACAAAAUAAGGACAUUGUGGUAAUGAAUAUCACAGGGCUCCAGGCUUAGGCACUUCUCCCAUGGGGAGGAGCUGGGGAUCUUCAUGCCCGGCUUCUCUGGUUUUAUAGAUAUAAGCUUUGUACAAAGAACUCGGGCUGAAGAAGAAGGAGCCCUGAGUUUGCAAUCUAGUUUUAUCAUUGCCUACCUGUGAGACUUGGAGAAAAGCGAUUCUCCAGAACUCAGUUUGCCUCUCCUUAGAAUGGAAACAAUAACAUCCAUCCUGUCUCUGACAUGGGGCUUUUGUGAAGAGAGCAAGAUUAUGAGAAAGACUUUUGGAAAGUUUAGACCACUGAUGUUAUCACAAUGGUUAAAUGGGUCCCAGAUAGUACUUUGGGGGUUGGGGUCCCCCAGUGACCAAGGCUAAAUAAGCCCCAGGACCUUUUUGUCAUCCUCUUCUCCUCCUGGUGUCUCUUAGCUUUGGUGAGAGGGGGCAGCAGAUGGCCCCGUUCUGGGAAUGAGCUGCCCUGACUCACUGCUCCCCUCGUGGGCCGGCCUUUUCCCUGCCAGUUUGUGUGUUCCUUCUAGCUUUCCCAUUCCCAUCUUGCCCUCUCCCCACACUGUAAGCUGGCAGGAGCCAUGUCUUAUCCAAGGUACAGGAGUUGUGCAUCCGCUCUCAGUCUCUGACUUUGGAAGGAAGGGGGUGAGAAGGGAGAAGAGGGGCAGAGAAGUGGCUGUGGGGUUUCUGGGCAUCUGCUAACAGGUUCCCUUCUGCUUCCUGUCCCUCCAGGUGUUUGCCGGAAUGCAGCACUACGGUGUGAAUGGCUACUCGCUGCAUGCCAUGAACUCCCUCAGUGCCAUGUACAACCUCCACCAGCAGGCAGCCCAGCAGGCCCAGCAUGGACCUGAUUACAGGCCCUCUGUGCACGCCCUCACCCUGGCUGAGAGGCUGGCCGGCUGUACAUUUCAAGACAUCAUCUUGGAGGCCCGCUAUGGCUCUCAGCACCGAAAGCAGCGCCGCAGCCGCACGGCCUUCACAGCCCAGCAGCUCGAGGCCCUGGAGAAGACCUUUCAGAAGACCCACUACCCGGAUGUGGUGAUGCGGGAACGCCUGGCCAUGUGUACCAAUCUGCCAGAGGCCCGAGUGCAGGUAUGGUUCAAGAACAGAAGGGCCAAGUUCCGUAAGAAGCAGCGGAGCCUGCAGAAGGAGCAGCUUCAGAAACAGAAGGAGACCGAGGGCGGGCACGGAGAGGGUAAAGCCGAUGUCCCCAACCCAGAUGGCCAGGCUCCUGUCCUGCCUGACUCUGAGCAGUCCUGUAUUCUGCCUGGCGAACCCUCCGCUGAGCUACAUCUGACCCUGUCUGAGCAAUCAGCUGGUGAAUCAGCCCCCGAGGACCAGGCUGACCGGGAGGAGGAGGAGGAGGAGGCUCGGGGAGCCAUUGAGCAAGGCAAAACUGAGAAGAGUCCAGGUCUGGAUGGCAAGGGCUUCGGCUGCAAGAGGAGCAGCCCCAAAGCAGACUCACCGGGCGGCACGGCUUCAGGCCCCCUGCCGCCGCAGACCUCGGGCGCCGGGGCCGGCGGGGGCGGCGGCAGCGUCCUGGGGCCCUCACACUCCUACUCGUCUUCUCCGCUCAGCCUCUUCCGCCUGCAGGAGCAGUUCCGCCAGCACAUGGCGGCCACCAACAACCUGGUGCAUUACUCGUCCUUCGAGGUGGGCGGCCCGCCGCCCCCAGCUGCGGCCGCCGCGGCCGCCGCCGCCGCCGCGGCCGCCGCCGUGCCCUACCUGGGCGUCAACAUGGCCCCGCUGGGCUCCCUCCACUGCCAGUCCUACUACCAAUCGCUGUCGGCCGCGGCUGCCGCGGCCCACCCCGGCGUGUGGGGGUCCCCGCUGCUCCCCGCGGCCCCCGGCGGCCUGGGUCCCCCGCCGCCGCCGCCCCCGGCCGCCGCGGCCGCGGCCGCCGCCGCCGCCUCAGCCGCGCUGAACAGUAAGACCAGCAGCAUCGAGAGCCUGCGGCUCCGGGCCAAGCAGCACGCGGCCUCCCUGGGACUGGACACGCUGCCCAACUGAGCGGCGCGUCCCCAGGAAGGCAUACCUCCCACCCAGGCCCCUCCCCCUCCCUCCUAACCCCAACCGGCCCGCAGCCUCUCUCCUAGGCCCGGGGCCCGACCCAGACCCUUCUCGGAUCCGUCCUGGGCAAUGGGACGGGCAAGGGUCCGUCUCCGCCCAGGAGGUCCUGCAGACCCCAUCUUGGUCCGGAAGAGACGGACCUCCCAAGGCCAGGGCGGCCCAAAGCCCCGCCCAGGCCCCUUCCGGGGUUCAGGACCAGGUCCCUCUUUCCUCACCACUCGCCCUCCCCGCCUGCCGCAGCCCGGAGAGGCAAUCCCCCCUCCCUCAGACCUUCCUGGCGCUGUUUCCACCCGCGCCGGGACGAUCCCUGCCUCCUCCCCGUGGGAGGUGGGGGUGAAGUCUAUACCCGCUGCCCCCCUGCAUGGCCCUGGGAGGGAGCUGGUGCGGAGGGGAAGGAAAUCUGUCUCUCCCCUUUGAACUCAACUUCCCCCACUUUCCACCCCUGACAGUCCUAGAGAAGGAGCAACAGCCUUCUACCUUUGACCCCCAGCUCCCUCCCUUCGUAACUGGAUGUGUGGAAUGUGAUAUAAAUAUAAAUAUAUAAAGCUCUAUUU